CUUUAAUAAACCUAAGAAGAAGAGUAGGAGGUUCCAUGCGGAGUAAAAACAGUGCUGGAAAGUCCAUACCGCAGAAGAUAACAUGAGCCUCUUACCUCGCACCGCCGAGGAGUUCAGCUCUGCUGAUUACUGGGAGAGGUUCUUUAAGAAGCGGGGAGAGAGGGCUUUUGAGUGGUACGGAGACUACAACAAACUCUGCGGCAUCCUCCACAAAUAUAUCAAAUUGCAGGAUAAGGUGCUGGUUGUUGGCUGCGGUAACUCUGAGCUGAGUGAGCAGCUGUAUGAUGUUGGCUACAAACACCUGACUAACAUAGACAUCAGUGAGACCGUGGUGGCUCACAUGAACCAGCGAAAUGCAGAACGCAGACCUGACCUGACGUUCCACCAGGUGGAUGCCACCCAGACCCCCUAUGAGGAUGCCAGCUUCCAGGCUGCUCUGGACAAAGGCACUCUGGAUGCAGUGGCUUCUGAAGAGGAAGGAGCUCUGGCCAGGAGGAUGAUCGCUGAGGUGAGCCGGGUCCUUAGAGUCGGAGGGCGGUAUGUCUGUGUGACUCUGGCUCAGGAGAGUGUGAUCAAGCUGGCUGUCGAUCAUUUUGUUCAACUCGGCUGCGCCGUCAGGCUCCACUGCUUGCAGGAAGAAAGGGGGAAAGAAGAAGAAGACGCCUUCGCUCUACCUGUUUUUGUCCUCAUCUGCACCAAGUUCCGCCAACCGAUGCCUACUCCCAUUCUUGAGAUGUGUAUCGGAGAUGAUGGAGCACCUGUCAGGCACACAGGAGUGUGUGAGCUUUUGUCUGCCGUGAGGGAGUAUCAGGGCUAUUCUGUUCUGAGGAAGAGACUUCGUACAAGUACAGAUCCUAGCUCCAAUCUGUGCCUGACUCUCUGUGACGCCAAGGCAGGCCUUCCCAGAUACACUCUCACAGUGCAAGAUUGUCCACCUGGAGCCAAAGUGCCAAGACCGAACCAGUUUGCCAUAUUCAUAGUGCCCAGAGGGAGUGAGACAGCUUGGCUCUACAGCUCGACUGAGGGCAGGAGGCAGCUGGCUGCAAGCGCCAACUUUCGUCGCCUGGUUGUCGUUUCAAUGCACAGGAAUCAGGAGUACACAGACAUGCAAGCAGUCCAAUCAGAACUCUCACCAGUCGUAAUGGACUUGGCUCCACCGGGUAUGCCAACCAACCAGCAGGUGCCGUUUCUGUCAGUGGGAGGUGGUCUCGGUUGGCGAGAGGAGGUCAGCAGGGGCGUGAGUCAGCUUAGUGGGGAGUACUGUGUGGAAAACGUCCGAGGGGAAGACGGAGAACUCUAUCGCAGACUCGUGUUCCUGUCCAACAUUUCCUUGGUUCAGUCAGAGAGCCGACUCGUCUCUUCAACUACGGCAGCAUCAAGUCAUAAGAAGAAGAACAAAAAGAAGACCAAGGCAGCAUCUACAGCAGUAACACUUUCAGCCGGUGUGUCAGUGGACAGCGGCUUCCUCUGCUGUGCUCAUCAUGAGGUCAUGGUGGCAGGACUUUCUAUGCUUGGAGUAGGAACACCACAGAACAAAGAUGAUCCAGUUUCAGUGAUCCUGGUGGGCCUUGGUGGAGGAGGCCUGCCUCAGUUCCUCCGGGACUUUGUGCCUAAUGCUACUGUUGAGGUUGUAGAACUGGACCCUGUUGUGCUAGAGGUGGCCAAAGAAUGGUUUGGAUUCCGACCCGACGAUCGUCUGACCGUCACUCUCGGGGAUGGCCUGGAACGCAUCUGUUCCCUGGAGAAAGAAGGUGGUCAUUUGUUUGAUGUCAUCAUGUUUGAUGUAGACAAUAAAGACAGCUCUUUGGGGAUGAGCUGUCCUCCCGCUGGUUUUGUGGAGACGCCUGUUCUGCAGAAAGUUUUCAACCUGCUGACUCCCAGAGGUCUGUUUAUAUUGAACCUUGUGUGCCGUGACCCAGUCCUGAGGAAAAACGUGCUUGAGCGUGUCAGGAGUGUGUUUCCCACCAUCCUCUCUCGAAAGAUCGCCGAGGAGAUCAACGAAGUCCUCCUGUGCUCCAGAGAAGAAAAGGAUGCCGCCCACAUCCUUCCAUCCAUGAGCCAAGCAGCCAAGAAUUUUCAGAGCAUGUUGUCCGCUGACAGAACCAAACCCAAACAAAGGCCACAUAUAGAUAUUGCAGAGAUGUUAGAAAACCUGAAAAUAGAGUAAAGUUUUAAUUGUAGGUUUAAUUGUAAGUUAAUAUACUGAGAAGAAAGCUGAAUGCGCUUUUGUAUUAUUAUUAUUAUUAUAAUGUACCACUAAUAAAUGUAAGGUACAUUUUCACUUUCA